AUGAUCCGGCUCGAAAACUCAGCUUCUUUCCAAGCCAGCGAUCUGCUCUGCGAAAUCUGUGUUGAUGAAGAGAAAGAACUUCAAAGACAAAAAGAACUGGUGAAGAGAGUGCUGGUCCGAGUGCCUCAUCAUUCAUCUCACAAAUUAGAACUAAUUGACUCAAUUCAACGCCUUGGUGUGAGCUAUCAUUUUGAAGAAGAAAUCGGCAAAUCCUUACAGUACAUGCAUGACACUUACUUAGAGUGCUGUAACAAGGACAAUGAUCUUCGUACUGUUGCUCUUCGUUUUCGUUUACUUAGACAACAAGGUUACCGUGUGUCCUGUGACAUGUUCAACAAAUUCAUAGAUGCUCAAGGAAAUUUUAAAGAGUCGAUAAUGAAAGAUGUGGAAGGAAUUUUAGAGUUAUAUGAAGCAGCAUAUUUUGAAGUGGACGAGGAGGACGUUCUUGACAAAGCACUGCACUUCUCUUCCUCUCAUCUCGAGUCAUUGGCGCCCGACAUAACCAGCUCUCGUUCUGCACUAGUUAACGAAGCCCUCAAGCUCCCUAUUCGCAAGAAUUUGACCAGAUUGGGAACCAAAAAAUUCAUUUCUGUGUAUCAAGAAGAUGAAUCACACAACCAAAUAUUAUUGAAUUUUGCGAAAUUGGACUUCAAUAUAGUACAGAAAAUACACUAG